GACACCUGUGCCUCAACCACAGCCACAGCAGACAACACAAACAGAGCACCAGCCACCGAUCGACUACAAGAGCCUGGUACUUCUGGGCCAGAAGUCAACGGCCACAACCUAUGUGGACCGUGCUGCACUGGCCAAUGAAGAAGAGGCCACAAUUCGCAUCCUGAAGCCUGAGGAGACAGACAAGACAGCAAGACAAUUGCUGUUGGGCUUGGACGGCAAAACAACGACCGUCUUCAGCUUCACAAUGGAGGAAUAUGUGGCCAUGAUCGCAGAGCAAGAAGGAACAUUGACCUACAUCCCCGGUGAUGUCCGAGCUGGCAAACGGUGGCUCCAGACAAUCGGGGUCCCCACAAUCCAGGACGCAGCAAAUCAGCUGUGUUGGCACGUGUCGAAAGGACACACAACGCCAUCGUCAAGCACAGUGAUGGUGGCAAUUCAGUUGGACCUCAACAAUUGGUGCUCCCAUCACACAAUGAAGCACGUCAAUUCAUUCCAGCGUGGAUAUAGCCUACAGAUGAGGCAAGUGCUGGAAGGAUUCCAAUACAAUCUCACCGCCGAAGAGUUGUCGACAAUGGUCGUUGUCAACUAUGACAACUACAAUGUGCUUCAACUGGCCUCACGCUUUGUGUGGUCAAGUGGAUAUGUGUGGGCAUCAGCAAUGCCAGUAAAUGUGCUCACAGCCCUGGAGGUCAAGGAUGAUGAGAACAAUUCUCACAUCAUGACUGCUCUCAUCCAAGGCCUAUACAAUGGAGGCACAACUUGCCUCAAAAUCAUGCCAAAGCACAUCCGAGACAAGGCAUUGGAAUUCCUGUUGGAUCGCAAUCUGGCAACAACCCCAGCCAACAUGUCUGACAAUGAGAUCCAGCAAGUUGGGAAUAAGGAGAGCAGGAAACGCCGUGCUGACGACAUGGAAGUCGAACAGAAG